AGCAUGAACGAGUAACUUGCAAUCAUCUAGCUAAAGCUAAUGUGCCUGGUUAAUGGUUAUGUAGUAGAAGUGCCUGUGUCUGUCAAAAUCUCAAAUCCGGCCAGCUGUGAGGCGUCCAGGGUUGAAUUAAAGAAGCCCACCAGUCCAACCCGGCGACCAAUUUAGGUCCCAUGCCACCGCCUGAUCUACUUCUACGGAGACACAAAAACAGAGAGGAUUGUCUGCGAAAUCUGACUUGAGCAAGAGAAAAUCCUAGAGCUGAAUUAGCAUGGACGACGUUCCUAUUCACAAGAUCCAAAUUUCUGGUCCUGCACUGGCCUCCCUACUCCUCCGUUUCUCCUCUUCCCCCGGUGCUAUUCACGGCCUUCUCUUCGGCCACGUCACUGUCUCCGCGACCUCCUCUCUCUCCGACGAUCCCACCUCCAAUCUAGACCCUUCUUCCGCUGAUGCCGACGCUGGCACCGCCAUUCCGCUUCUUACAGCCACAGUCACCUCCUUCCUCUCCCUCCCUUCGCACCUCCCUCUCCCACUCCAACCCCUCCCGAAUCCUAACCCACCUUCCUCCUCCCUCCUCGGCUGGUUCUCCGCCCGCCGCAGAACCCCUCUCCGCCCCUCCCUUAACGAUUCCACCACCACGCACGCUCUCUCCUCCUCUACUUCCCUCUCCUUCACUCCUCCACAAUGCUCCAAUCUUCACACCCUCACCCUUCCCCCUUCUCUGUUCCUCCUCCUAACCUCGCCCUUGCAAGAUCAGCUCGUCCAUACGCACCAGUAUAAAGCUUUCCACUAUCGAAUUUCUACCGAUUCCUUCGAACCCAAAAGCUUAGAUAUUGUCAACAUUGGCCCAUCUUUCCGAUCCCAUUAUGGGUCUUUUAGCACCAACUCUCCGUUUCCCUUGCUACCCUGUGAGUGGAGGUGCUCCAAUGCCAUGGCUGAGGAUGACCAAAGAGAAACUUUAGGGUCUUUGAAGAAGGACCUCAAUGAUCAGAAGGAGUUGGACUUGUGUGCUGAGGAUUUUGAAGUUGGGAGGUUGAAUAGACUAAUGGGUUCUCAGGCUGCAAAUUACACAGCUGAGUUGGAGGAUUUAUACAAUAAAAUGCUUGCCAAGCUGGAUGGACUGUCCAGGCUGGUGGAGAACAGCUCUGCUAAGGUUCUUGAACAGGAACAUCACAAUAUGAAGUUGAGGCUUAAAGUAGCGGGAUUGGAAUAAUUCUCGAUGCUUGCUGGUUUUUCUUUUUGUCCUGUAUGUAAGAUUCUUCAAUAUUGAAGGUGCAUAACGGAGAUCCUGCAGCUUAAUGUGUAAAAUUGAAUAAUUCUGGAGCCUUCUGUGGUUGUGGUUGUUGCCUGUGCUUGGCAUCUUUUCACAGGCUUAGGUAAAGGCAAUCUCUUUCCUUCACCCAAUUGUGAAUUGCAUCUAUGUACCAUUUCUAUCUAGUGGCCUUCCCUCUUUCUGUUGAUACCCACCAGCCAGUAAAUGUAAUUCCUUAGAUUGGAAACUUACUUUUGGCUGGAAUGAAUCAAGCCUAAUUUUUUGCAAGCUUUUGCUUAGUCUUCUCUCUUUAUGUCACUUUAGUACCUCUGCUCUAUAGUUUUGGAGGCUUAACUGUAUAAUGGAACUUUGUCUAAAGCUUCAGAUCAAACCUGUUACAAAACAGAAGUUGAGCCUCGUGUGCAGUGUGCUUCUUUCUGGUACAUUGUUUGAAUGUUUCAGCUACCUUUUUAAGUUUUAUCAUUGGGGAUGGAAGCAUAUUCCAGAUGGGCACUGGCAAUUUUGGCAGGCAAACGUUUCACUGUGUUCCAGUGCAAUGCCAUGUAUGUGGGGGCUCUUCAUGAGAAUCAGUUGUAGCAGUUUUGGCUGCUGUGCGGCUAUGGGGCGUCCGCAGUCCUGUGAAUUGUGGCCAAUAAAAGGGGAGGCUUUUCCAUCUAGCACACGAAUAGGCUGAAAAUUCCUUGUUUGUCCUCCUGUACUAUGGGGAAAUGAAUGAUCAUUUAUUAGUUCCCUCAAGAAAAAGGAAACAAAGCCUUGUUGGAAAAUGACCAACUAGGACUUUAUAUU